AUGGAGUAUGGGACAGGAAUGGCAGGAGGAAACCACACAGUACAGAACAAAUUCAUUCUCCUGGGAUUUUCCACCCUUCCCAGACUGCAACACUUGCUAUUCUUUGUGUUUUUAUUGAACUACUUGAUCACCGUGACUGGAAAUCUCCUCAUCAUUCUCCUCACAUUGGCUGACCCUGCCCUUCACACUCCCAUGUACUUCUUCCUCAGGAACCUCUCCUUCCUGGAGGUCUGCUACAUAUCAGUUACCAUCCCUAAAAUGUUGGCCAACCUCCUCUUGGAAGAUAAGACCAUCUCUUUCAUUGGCUGUGCUGUGCAAACCUAUUUCUCUUUUUUCCUUGGUGGGGCAGAGUGUUUUCUCCUGGUGACUAUGGCUUAUGAUCGCUAUGUUGCAAUAUGCAGACCUCUGCAUUACCCUGUGAUUAUGAACAGGAAGGUGGCCACUGGACUGGCUGCUGGAUCCUGGCUCACUGGUCUCCUCUUGUCCUUCAGUCACACCAGCGUGGUAUUCACCCUACCCUUCUGCAGAUCCCACAAGAUUAAUCAUUUCUUCUGUGACAUCCCUCCACUGCUGAAGCUGGCAUGUGGAGACACCUCCCGCAAUGAAAUGGCUGUCUUCAUGGUGGCUCUGUUCUUUGUCUCCUUCCCCUUUGUGCUAAUCCUCAUGUCCUACAUCAGCAUAAUCUCCACCAUCUUGAAGAUGCCCUCGGGGGCAAGCAGGAGGAAGUCCUUCUCCACCUGCUCCUCGCACCUCAUGGUGGUGAUGCUGUUCUAUGGCUCUGGUGCCAUUAUGUAUCUGAAGCCUAAUUCCUCCUACUCACCAGACACAGACAAGUUUCUCUCUCUGUCCUACACGGUCCUCACACCGAUGCUAAACCCCAUUAUCUACAGUCUGAGGAACAAGGAGGUGAAGGGAGCAUUCUGGAGAAUAAUGGGGAGAAAAAGGUUUUGUUGA